ACCCCUUUCCUUGGCCUUCCCUUUCUUUUCCCCAACACGCCGCCCCCGCCGCGGCAGCAUCUCACCUCACCGGCUCACCCCCCAGCUCCUGCUGUUCCAUGGCGGACGGAGACGGAGCGGCGGCGUCGAGAAAUCUCACGGAGCACUCCGCCAGCGCCGCCGAGAAGGGGCUCCCCAGGAGGGGCAAGUCUAGCGGAGGUGGUGGGAUGCAGGAUUGAGCUCGUUUUGAUUAUCACGUGGCCAUGGCUGCGGCCUGCGGCGCCGCCCGCGAGUCUUCUUCAGGAAGGACAUUAAACACUGCACAGAUUCCGCUUGUUGCAAGCCAUCCAGAGGUGUAUGAGCCAUGUGAUGAUUCCUUUGCCCUUGUUGAUGCACUGCUCUCAGACAAAGCACAACUUUUGGCGCUGCAGCCAAGGUUAUGUAUGGAGGUAGGGUGUGGCAGUGGUUAUGUCAUCACCUCUCUUGCGAUCAUGCUCAGGCAAUUAGCCUCUGGAACCCAAUACCUAGCAACUGACAUCAACAAACAUGCUGCGGAGACAACCCAAGCAACCCUUGAAGCCCAUGGUGUGCAUGCAGAUGUGAUGGUUACUGAUAUUGUAUCUGGUCUUGAGAAACGUCUAGCUGGUAUGGUUGAUGUGGUAGUCAUUAACCCUCCUUACGUGCCAACUCCGGAGGAAGAAAUUGGAUGCAAAGGCAUUGCCUCGUCUUGGGCUGGAGGGUUGAACGGGCGCCAGGUGAUAGACAGGAUCCUUCCUGCUGUGCGGGAGAUCCUAUCAGAAAGAGGGUGGCUGUACAUGGUGACCCUCGAAGAUAAUGAUCCUUUGGAUAUAUGUCAUCUGAUGAGCGAGAUGGGGUAUGCAUCACGCGUUGUCUUGAAAAGAUGUACUGAGGAGGAGAGCCUUUUUGUUCUCAAGUUUUGGCGAGAUCCGCACACUGCUACAAAUGCGUCUCCUAAAUCUCCUAAAUCUGAGUCGUGGUUCUCUCAGUUGCCUUUCAAAUCCCUUUGGCACAAGGGUUCCUAGCAGUUCAUGGCCUCAUCAAUCUGGAAUCUUCAGUUCUGAAAAGGAGCAAGAAAUCCUUUGCAAAUUUGAGAUGGCAGCAUAUGUUUAGACACUCAAAGUACAAGAAUCAGCCUAACCUGAUUGGUUUAAAUCUCAAACCAAACAGGUCCUUAGACCAGAAAUUACUGAAUUUUUUAUUUUUGUAGCUUAAAUUGUUAUCUUAUGUUCUCCUCGUGUGUAUAUAUGCUACCAUGGAUUCUUAUCUUACUGCUUUUGGGAUCUGUGUCCCGUAUGGAUUAUUCCGUUUAAUUGAUCAUUUCAAGAUGAGAGGAAAAGAAGAUUUGGGCAGCUUGCUGAGUUGUGCACAA